GCGUUAUAUAAACUCAAGUCUAAUUGUCUCAUCUCGUGACUGAAUGUUCCUCUCUACAGAAUGUCCGCUUAUUCGCGCUUAUGGGGCAAUCCGUUUCGAUGAAAGAGCCAACAUAUCCUCCGAACGGGAGGCAUUUGGUUACUUUUAUUUUAUGUUUCCUCAGGUUGAGUUUGAUGAGCUUGAAGAAGGUUCAAUGCUAGCAACAACCAUUGCUUGGGACAGCGCUCUUUCGUGGACUUUGAGAGAUGCAAUUGAUGCACUUAAAGCUACAUUGCACCAGAUAUCUUCGGUUGUUUUAAAGCUUCAAAGACAUAUUCCUUGGACACUAAUGUUAAGGAACAAUAACAUCCCGUGCAAGACGUAUUGGGAUCUUGCUGUUAAUAGAGCUUUGCAGAAAAUAAGAAGCGACUCAGCACUUUUUAAGGUGGUACUCGCGCGUAGCAGCAGAGUAAUAACAGCUACCGAUAUCGAUCCCAUAGCAUGGUUUUGUCUUCAGCCGCCUAAUGCACCGGCAUUUAUUGGAAACACGCCAGAGCAACUGUUUCACAGAAAAUGGCCUGGCAUUACCAGCGAAGCUCUGGCUGGAACCCGAGCCAGAGGUGAAUCGAUGCCUGAAGAUCUUCAAAUAGAACUUGAGUUACUUUCCAGCCAACAACAUUCGUUUUGCGGUCCGAAAGAACACCUUGAGUUUACGAUUGUACAAGAAAGCAUACAAAGAAAAUUGGAGAACGUAUGUGACAGUGUCCAAAUUGAACCAAAGAAAGAAAUCCGUAAAUUCCCUCGAGUCCAACUUUUAUAUGCCAAAUUGGCUGGCAGGUUAAGAAGUGAAGAUGAUGAGUUUGAAAUAUUGUCUUCUCUUCACCCAAGUCCAGCAGUUUGUGGAUUUCCAACAGAGGAGGCACGGGUUUUAAUUGCAGAAACAGAAGUAUUAGACCGAGGGAUGUAUGAAGGGCCGGUUGGUUGGUUUGGUGGAGGAGAGAGUGAGUUUGCCGUUGGCAUUAGGUCAGCAUUAGUUGAAAAGGGUCUUGGCGCGAUGAUCUAUGCUGGAACCGGGGUUGUGGAAGGAAGUAAUGCAUCGUUAGAAUGGGAUGAACUCGAACUCAAGAUUUCUCAGUUAUCCAAGUUGCUUAAACUUGAAGUGCCUCUAGAGAUUAAAAGCUGAUAUACCGCAAGGGCUGUCAACC